AUGGACGAGGGGCUGGACGAGAUGGAACGCAACCCCCCUGCUUACGCUCGGGCGUGGCACAGCAUCUCCACUGGGCCACUGGGAGCGGCCACUGGUGCCGGCGUGAUGAAGGCUGCCAAAGUGACGGCUGUGGUGGGGGGGGAAGCAGUACGAUUGGCAGUGCCAGCCACCAAGUGGGCUCUGGGAGUGGGCCUGCGAAUGGCCCUGGGAGCUGUGAGCGCCGUGGAGAAGCAAGAGCGGCGGCGAAAGGAUGGGCCGCCCAGUGAGCUGUGA